GGCGGGAGGCUGGCGGGCGGGCGGGCGGCUGGCAGUGGAGCCGUCGGCGGCGGGUGGCCGGCCGAGCGCGUGCCGGGUGGAAGAAAACGAGGGGCGGCGGCGAUGCUUUCUCCUCCGUGAGACGCGCCGAAGAGGCCGCGGCGCUCGAGGCCCCAGGAAGCGCGGAGGAGCUGCGGGCUGGGGUCGGUGGCCGCGGGCGCCCGCCGGGCCAUGGUGGCUGCGGGCGGUGGUUGGCGCGGCGGCGCUGCGGCCCGGAGCAGCGCGGGGCCGGGGGAGUCGCGGCGCUGACGCCCGCGGGGCCCAGCAGCAGACAUGAAGCGGAGUCGCUGCCGCGACCGACCCCAGCCGCCGCCGCCGCUGCCGCCGGCCGCCCGCGGGGAGGAUGGGGCUCAGCGGGCGGCGGAGCUGCCCCAGCCCCUGCCCCAGCGCCGGCGAGCGCCGUCCGGGAGGCAGCGACUGGAGGAGCGGACCGGGCCCGCGGGGCCCGAGGUCAAGGAGCAGGAUGUGAUACCUGGACUUAGUCCCCUGCUCUUCAGGAAGCUCAGUAAUCCUGACAUAUUUUCAUCCACUGGAAAAGCCAAACUUCAGCGACAACUUAGUCAGGAUGACUGUAAGUUAUGGAGAGGAAGCCUGGCCAGUUCUUUGUCAGGUAAGCAGCUGCUUCCCUUGUCCAGCAGCGUACAUAGCAGUGUGGGACAGAUGACUUGGCAGUCUUCAGGAGAAGCAUCAAACCUGGUUCGAAUGAGGAACCAGUCCCUUGGACAGUCUGCGCCUUCUCUUACUGCUGGCUUGAAGGAGUUGAGCCUUCCAAGAAGAGGAAGCUUAAUCUCUACUCUUUGCCGAGGAUCUGAAGUAAACCAGCACAUGUAUUCACCCACAUCGGCUCCAGCCCUGUCCCUCAUUAAAGUCCCAUAUAGUGCUGACUGUGCCCUGGCUGCUGCUCCUCUUGCUUUUUUCCUGAACCCACAAGCCCAUAGCAGCCCUGGCAGUCCCUGUUCCAGCCGCCCACUGCAGUGGAGUUGUCGGACAAGUAACCGUAAGAGUUUGAUUGUGACCUCUAGCACGUCACCUACACUACCACGGCCGCACUCACCACUCCAUGGCCACACAGGUAACAGUCCUUUGGACAGCCCCCGGAAUUUCUCUCCAAAUGCACCCGCCCACUUUUCCUUUGUUCCAGCCCGUAGCCAUGGCCACAGAGCAGACAGGACCGAUGGGCGGCGCUGGUCUUUGGCCUCUUUACCUUCUUCCGGCUAUGGAACCAACACUCCCAGCUCUACUGUCUCAUCAUCAUGCUCCUCGCAGGAGAAGCUACACCAGUUGCCCUUCCAGCCCACAGCUGAUGAGCUGCACUUUUUGACAAAGCAUUUCAGCACAGAGAGUGUGCCAGACGAGGAGGGACGGCAGUCCCCAGCCAUGCGACCCCGCUCCCGCAGCCUCAGUCCUGGACGGUCCCCAGUUUCCUUUGACAGUGAAAUAAUAAUGAUGAAUCAUGUAUACAAAGAAAGAUUCCCCAAGGCCACAGCACAAAUGGAAGAGCGCCUAGCAGAGUUCAUUUCCUCCAACGCUCCAGACAGCGUGUUGCCCUUGGCAGAUGGAGCCCUGAGCUUUAUUCAUCAUCAAGUGAUAGAGAUGGCCAGAGACUGCCUGGAUAAAUCUCGGAGUGGCCUCAUUACAUCGCAGUACUUCUACGAACUUCAAGAGAGUUUAGAGAAACUUCUGCAAGAUGCUCAUGAGCGCUCAGAGAGUUCAGAGGUGGCGUUUGUGAUGCAGCUGGUGAAAAAACUGAUGAUUGUCAUUGCCCGCCCGGCUCGUCUUCUGGAAUGCCUGGAGUUUGACCCUGAAGAGUUCUACCACCUGUUAGAAGCAGCUGAGGGCCACGCCAAAGUGGGACAAGGGAUUAAAUGUGACAUUCCCCGCUACAUCAUUAGCCAGCUGGGCCUCACACGGGAUCCCCUUGAGGAAAUGGCCCAGUUGAGCAGCUAUGACAGUCCUGAUACCCCGGAGACGGAUGAUUCGGUUGAGGGCCGAGGGGCAUCUCGGACAUCUAAAAAGACACCCUGUGAAGAGGACUUCGAAACCAUUAAGCUCAUCAGCAAUGGCGCCUAUGGGGCCGUGUUUCUGGUGCGGCACAAGUCUGCCCGGCAGCGCUUCGCCAUGAAGAAGAUCAACAAGCAGAACCUGAUCUUGCGGAACCAGAUCCAGCAGGCCUUUGUGGAGCGUGACAUCCUGACUUUUGCUGAGAACCCCUUUGUGGUCAGCAUGUUCUGCUCCUUUGAGACCAAGCGCCACCUCUGCAUGGUGAUGGAGUAUGUUGAAGGGGGAGACUGUGCCACUCUGCUGAAGAACAUCGGGGCCCUGCCUGUGGACAUGGCGCGUCUGUACUUUGCGGAAACUGUGCUAGCCCUGGAGUACUUGCACAACUAUGGCAUCGUGCACCGGGACCUCAAGCCUGACAACCUCCUGAUCACAUCCAUGGGGCACAUCAAGCUCACUGACUUUGGCCUUUCUAAAAUUGGCCUCAUGAGCCUGACAACAAACUUGUACGAGGGCCACAUUGAAAAGGAUGCCCGGGAGUUCCUGGACAAGCAGGUAUGCGGGACCCCGGAGUACAUUGCACCUGAGGUGAUCCUGCGUCAGGGCUAUGGGAAGCCAGUGGACUGGUGGGCCAUGGGUGUAAUCCUGUAUGAGUUCCUGGUGGGUUGCGUCCCUUUCUUUGGAGACACUCCGGAGGAGCUCUUUGGGCAAGUGAUCAGUGAUGAGAUUGUGUGGCCUGGGGGGGACGACGCGUUGCCUCCAGACGCUCAGGACCUCACCUCUAAACUGCUCCAUCAGAACCCUCUGGAGAGACUGGGUACAGGCAGUGCCUGUGAGGUGAAGCAGCACCCGUUCUUUACCGGUCUGGACUGGACCGGACUUCUUCGCCAGAAGGCUGAAUUUAUUCCUCAACUGGAGUCAGAGGAUGACACCAGCUACUUUGACACCCGCUCAGAUCGCUACCACCACUUGGACUCGGAGGACGAGGAGGAAGUGAGUGAAGACGGCUGCCUUGAGAUCCGCCAGUUCUCUUCCUGCUCUCCCAGAUUCAGCAAGGUGUACAGUAGCAUGGAGCGGCUGUCACUGCUCGAGGAGCGCCGGACACCACCCCCCACCAAGCGCAGCCUGAGCGAGGAGAAGGAAGACCGCUCGGAUGGCCUGGCAGGGCUGAAGGGUCGGGACCGGAGCUGGGUGAUUGGCUCCCCUGAGAUCUUACGGAAGCGGCUGUCGGUGUCUGAGUCAUCCCACACGGAAAGCGACUCCAGCCCUCCGCUGACAGUGCGACGUCGCUGCUCGGGCCUCCUUGAUGUGCCUCGCUUUGCUGAGAGCCCUGAGGAGGCUACCGGCACCCCCAGGAAGCAGCAGCAGGAGGGUGUGUGGUUUCUAACACCCCUGUCUGGAGAAGGGGCACCUGGGCCUAUUCCUGAACGGCCCGUGGAGCAGCAGCUGAAGCUGGACGGGGAUCCUGGUGGCCAGAGCGGUGGCUCUAGUCCAGCCAUGGAGACUCGGGGCCGUGGGACCCCACAGCUGGCCGAGGGAGCCACAGCCAAGGCCAUCAGUGACCUGGCAGUGCGCAGGGCGCGCCACCGGCUACUCUCUGGGGACUCCAUAGAAAAGCGCACAGCCCGCCCCAUCAACAAAGUGAUCAAGUCUGCCUCGGCCACAGCCCUGUCCCUCCUCAUUCCUGCAGAACACCACAGCUGCUCUCCACUGGCCAGCCCCAUGUCCCCACAUUCCCAGUCAUCCAACCCGUCAUCCAGGGACUCUUCUCCAAGCAGGGACUUCUUGCCAGCCCUCAGCAACUCCAGGACCCCCAUCAUCAUCCACCGAGCUGGCAAGAAGUACGGCUUCACCCUGCGGGCCAUCCGCGUCUACAUGGGCGACUCAGACGUCUACACUGUGCACCACAUGGUGUGGCACGUGGAGGACGGAGGUCCAGCCAGUGAGGCAGGGCUUCGUCAGGGCGACCUCAUCACUCACGUCAAUGGGGAGCCUGUGCAUGGGCUGGUGCACACAGAGGUGGUGGAGCUGAUCCUGAAGAGUGGAAACAAGUUGUCCAUUUCAACAACGCCCCUGGAGAACACAUCCAUCAAAGUGGGGCCAGCUCGGAAGGGCAGCUACAAGGCCAAGAUGGCCCGAAGGAGCAAGUGGAGUCGGGGCAAAGAUGGGCAAGAAAGCAGAAAAAGGAGCUCUCUGUUCCGGAAGAUCACCAAGCAGGCAACCCUGCUCCACACCAGCCGCAGCCUCUCUUCCCUUAACCGCUCCUUGUCAUCAGGGGAGAGCGGGCCGGGCUCUCCCACACACAGCCACAGCCUUUCCCCCCGAUCUCCCACUCAGGGCUACCGGGUGACCCCUGACGCUGUGCAUUCAGUGGGAGGGAAUUCAUCACAGAGCAGCUCCCCCAGCUCCAGUGUGCCCAGCUCUCCAGCCGGCUCUGGGCACACACGGCCCAGCUCCCUGCACGGUCUGGCACCCAAGUUGCAACGGCAGUACCGCUCUCCACGGCGCAAGUCAGCAGGCAGCAUCCCACUGUCACCGCUGGCCCACACCCCUUCACCACCACCAGCGGCCUCACCCCAACGCUCCCCAUCGCCCCUGUCUGGCCACGGAACCCAGGCCCUCCCCACCAAGCUUCACCUGUCGCCUCCCCUGGGCAGGCAACUGUCACGGCCCAAGGGUGCGGAGCCUCCCCGCUCACCACUACUUAAGAGGGUGCAGUCAGCUGAGAAACUGGGGGCUGCACUUGCUGCUUCUGAGAAGAAGCUAGCCACUUCUCGAAAGCAUAGCCUUGACCUGCCCCACCCUGAGCUAAAGAAGGAACUGCCACCCAGGGAAGUCAGUCCUCUGGAGGUAGUUGGGACCAGGAGUAUGCUGUCUGGGAAGGGAGCACUGCCAGGGAAGGGGGUGCUGCAGCCUGCUUCCUCACGAGCUCUAGGCACCCUCCGACAGGACCGAGCUGAGCGGCGAGAGUCACUGCAGAAGCAGGAAGCCAUCCGUGAGGUUGAUUCUUCAGAGGAUGACACUGACGAGGGGCCUGAGAACACCCAAGGUGUACAGGAGUCAAGCGUGGUACCUAACCCAGAAGUGGGCCAGGAUCUACCCCUCAGAGAAGCAGGAGAGGGUGAGGAAGAAGAUGCCCUCUUGCCUAAGGACCCCAGAAUGGAAAGCCCUGGUGUCCCCCAGAGGAGGCUUGGCAUCCCACAAGUCUUUGAGGAGGCAGCCAGUUCCUUGUCACUAGCGCCCAGCCUGGGUAGGGCUGGACCCACAGACCCCACUCCCCCUGAAAGCUGCUUGAAAGCCCAGCCCCUCCACACCCAGGCACUAACAGCACUUUGUCCCAGCUCGUCAGGGCCCACCCUAACCAGUGGCCCCACUGUCUGCUCCACCUCAGGAGAGCCAGGCCCUUGGUCCUGGAAAUUCCUUAUGGAGGGCUCAGAGGAGGCAUCCUCAAGCAGAAAGGCAACAAUGGAAGGCGGGCUGGUCAGCUCCCAGGAUUUGGAAACCACAACUCCAGCCCACCCUGAGAACCUGUCUCCUAGGCUGGAGGGGAAGUCUUGGCCACCCAGCGCCCCUCGGCUAGCCCACCAACCUUGUGAGCUUCGUAGCCAAAGCUGGCUGUGGGAGCCUGAGUGCACACAGACAGAGAAAGGGGAGCCAGCCCUGGGCAUCACCAAAGUGCCUGAUGCCUCAGGUGACAGGAGGCAGAACAUUCCAUGCAGAAGUUGCCCCCUCACCCAGGAGCCUGGGCGCAGCCUGCUCCGGAGGGGCCGAGACCCAGGAGGCCCUCAAAAGCAUCAGGACUUGGUGCUGGCACCCGAUGAGCUUUUAAAGCAAACAUAGCGGCUGUCUGGCAUUUCUUGCCUUCAGACCUGUGUAAUACAUGCUCUUGGAAACCA